AUGAAUGAAAAAUAUCCAUCAAAAUUUAUUUUUGAUAAAUUUCCAUCAAAAAGUGAUAUUUUUCUUUUAUAUGAUAAUAAUAAUCAAUCUAAAUUAUACCGUCAUUUGAAACAACUUAAAUCGAAUAACCAUGGUAUUUAUUUGAUUCCAACAUCCGAAAAUGCUAUUGCUAUAAAUCUUUUAUUUAUACUUGAUCAAAUCAAUGAUAAAUAUAAUGAUUUUAUUCUUGUUUUUUGA